AUGUACGACAAUCCUUACCAUAACUUCCAUCAUGCCUUCGAUGUCACUCAGACUUUCUACGCUCUGCUUCACAUCACCAACGUGAUCGAGGAGAUUUCAGAGCUGCUGCAGUUUGCCUGUCUGUUCUCUGCUCUCUGCCAUGAUCUCGAGCACCUCGGCGUGAACAACAACUUCCUCUCAAAGGAGUACAUCAAAGAUGUCAUAACAUCUCUCAUCAUGUCGACUGACAUGGCGCGUCAUGCCGAGUAUCUUACGAUGAUGAGAAGCCGAUCAACAAUGGACGAGGGUCAGGGGCUCACGACCAUCACCAAGCUUGAGCUGCUCAUCAAGUGUGCGGAUACGUCGAAUGUGAGUUGA